UCCUCCCUCUUUUCCCUUUGCGCGCGCGCGCGGGGGAGGCUCCUUCCCCGGUCGCCACUUUCGCUUUCGCAGCGCGCCUAACCGGAGAGGGACCCUCCUGCGCCGGCGGCUGGUUGUGUGCGCUGCAAGGCCCUUUCUUCUCUUUCUCCUCCUCCUCCUCCUCCUAAUCCUUCCUCCUUCCUUCUCUCCUUCCUUCCCCACGUGCAGGCGGCGGCGGCGGCCGGGACGGCGCCAUGGCCGGGCUGGAGCUCCUCUACCACUCGGUCUCCCCGGACAUCUCCAGCCCGCAGGACGCCUUGAUCUGCUACCUGCACUGGAAGCUCAUCACGCAAGGCUUCCGCUGCCUCGGCGCCGGCGACGAGCCAGGCGCCAACGAGAGGAAGUCUGAGAUGCUGCCUGCCGGGUGGAACGCAGACAGCGACCUGUUCACCCUCCGCUACAGGAUGAAGGACGAUUCCCGUGACCUACUGCUGAAGGGGAUCAUGAUGGACGGCAGCAUCAUCCUCAAUGCCAUGGAUCCCAAGUUACAGAAAGUGACAGCUUUGACCUUGAAAGUGUCCGACUUCAUCGACCCAGAACACCUGGCUGAUUUUGACAAAGUGUACCAGAACACAGAGGAGCUGCAGGCACAGGUCACGGCCCACAUCGUCUCUCCCUUCGAGGCGGCCAAAGAGAGGAGCGUGGCCAAGGAGGAGCCCCGGCGUGAGCGGAACCCGUCUCCACCCAACCCUCCUGACCACGACCCGCUGUGGAUCCCGCCUCGCCAUCCCCACGGCAGCCGGCAGCCCAACUGGCCAGACCCCAUGGGGCCCUUCGCCGUUGGAGGAGAAGACCUGAACCCCUUUGGGAGCCGGAGCGGUGGGAUGAUCAUGGAUCCGCUGCGUUCAGGGUUUCCAAAUCCCAUUCUCGACCCGUCUUCAGGACUCCCCAACAGGCUGCCUCCAGGAUCCGUGCCUCCCGGUGCCAGAUUCGACCCCUUUGGACCCCCUGGGGCAAACCGGAGUGGGCCAAACCCCGACCACCUGCCGCCGCCCAACUACGACGACAUGUUCAUGUGAGGACUGCUGAGGAGCUGCUCCCCUCGGGUUGAUCGGCACUCAUCUCUGACCCCCAAGCGUUUGGGGCACGGGCUUCCGUCUGCUAGCAGGCCGCCACCCUGUCUCCUGCUUUGAUUUCCCACCACAUAAACCGGAAGAGGAAGGCGUGUGCAUAGAAAUGUGUAUAUGUAUAUAUAUUUUCCCCCUCUCUCUCUUCUCCUGCUGCCCCAAACUCUUUAGGCUGACUUCCCCGUCGCCCUAAAACAGCAGGCGCCCGUGAAAACGGACUGCCGUGCUCUUAACAUCUGCUGGGGGGCUGGUUUUCAAAGGAUGCACAGGGGCCAGGGAGGAAUUGUCCCCUUCCAAAACCUGGGUGUGCCCAGCAACCGAGUUGGCCACUGGUGUUUUCUGACGUCAAUCAUAGCAGGGGCAGGUAGGGAAGAGUUGGACCAAUCGAAAGCCUGGCCUCCAAAAUGCCUCUGCCCUCCCCAGCUUGUCACUCAAAACAAGCUCCAACUUAAAAACCCCUUUUUUCCUUGAAAGGCCAUUUCCCACCCCCUAUUUUCCUAGCUUCUGAUGAAACCAGCUGGCUACCUGGCAAGUCAAAAAAAAACCCCACAAAAAAGGCUCCUUCUUUUCCCAGGUGGCACACUUGAGUUGGCACAGAGCGGGCUGGUAAGAAGCUGAAAUAGCAGCAGGGUGAGUGGGUGUUAGUGGCAGGCAAAUUGAGUUGGCUCCUUGGUCUGAGCAGAGCCAUUUAUAAACAGUGUUUUACCGCUGGCAUCCCUGUCUUGUGAUGAUGUGUUUUGCUUUAGAGGGUAUCUCUUGCAUGCUGGCUCGAGAACAGGCUUCCCAAACUGGAAUUCCCUCCAGAGGUCUAGGACUACAAUCCCCAUCAGGCUCAGCUUGGUGGGGGGGGGGACAGCUGGGUCCCCAGAACUGCCUCUGAAAGCACAGUUAACUGUGGUUCCCCUUCUCCCGUUGCCACACACACACAGCCGUCCCCAGCAAAGUAGGCCCAGAUCAACCCAUUUGUGUUGCAUGCAAGGACGUGGACUUCCUUUGCGGGCUCUGUGCCUUUUGAACUGCAGGCUGGCAGCAGAAAUUCAACAGGUGAAGUUUCCUCCUUUUAUACCCAUGCUAAGGAACAGCAUCCCUCUCCUCGCUCGGCUGCUGUUAAGGGAACAGAUCCAUUAAAAAUAAAACACACAAUAAUAUUGGAUAGCCUACAUGCAAAAAAAGGUCAAUUGUUUCUAUCUGUCUCUUCCUCUUGCGGACUUGGAUUCUGUUCCCCUUAAGUACAAAAGGGCUUUUUAUGCUGCCUGGCUUCUGUUUUGGCUUCUCUGGGUACUAGGGCUUGAAGUGUAGGCGAACAUAUUCUACCCUCUCCCUUCAGGGUAGGGAGCUGGUCGGCCAACACUGCAGGGCUGUGUGGAAAAGGCUUGCCCCCUCUCUCUCUCUUGGGCCAGAAAUGGCGUUCUCUGCCUUAUCUUCCAGGCACUGCCAAACAGCGUUUCUCACGGAAUGGGAACCUGUGACCCUCCGGUCAUCUGAUUCCCAUCAGCCCUGAGCAUCGGCCAUGCUACCUGCAAGGGCUGAUGGGAGUCCGUCAGCAUCCGUAGAGCAUCAGCCUCUCUGUCCCUGAUGCGGCUGAAAGAUUUAGCAGUAUACUCUGCCUUAGAGCAAGUUCCCGCAAUCGUAUUCAAGCAUGGUGGUCACAGUGGCCUUCGAGUUAGCUUUGUGUGUAUGAGAGAGAGAGGACAGUUUUCUUCCUCUAGUUGGCGAAUUUCUAUUAUUCCGCCCCAUCCAUCCCUGCAAAGAGGAGGCACUGCUGUGAUUUUUCAGGUCAGCUGAUAUUAUCAGAUUGUUUUUUCCUGCAAGGCUUGCUGCCGCCACAAGAUGGCUUUAAAUAAAAAAUUGAAAUUGCUGAUUCUCUGAGUGGUGCAGUUGCUUUGCUCUUCACCACGUCACUGGGAGGUCUUGGGAACCCCCUGCCACCAGAGAUGGGAAUAUUUCUGCUUCAAGCAGUUACCAUACCAGCCAGGGGGCUGUUUGGGUGUGGACUGGCAGCACAUGACUUCUGAAAGCCACCUAAGCUCUUAAUAAGCACAGGGAGUAAACCUGGAGUGUUCAUUUCCCCUUGGGGCAUUUCAGUGGCUUUGAGACUUCCAAACUGCUGCAUUUUCUACUUGCUUGAGAACAAAAAGCGGAUGGUCCCUGCUCCGCAGGGACUUAGUCUCUACAGACAGGCUGUGAUUUGAUAUAAUCAGGACUGUGUGUGUUGUCAUAGGGGUGACCUGAGUAGGUGUGUUGCAAGUUAACCCCUUUAAACUAAUAAUAAAAGUUCAUGCUCUUUCA